GAGAGGGAGACUUCGUUCCCUCUAGUUCAUUUUUUGCCCAAACGGGUUGUAAACAGUGGUAAAAAAAUAAUGGCUAUGGAUACCGUAUACAAACAUUUAAAAAUUCGAAACAGACCUUACAGCGUGAACGAUAUAGUGUUGAAUUUACAUAACGAAUUUGGAAAGUCUGCCGUUCAAAAAGCUAUAGAUCACUUACUCGCGGAAGGAAAGAUUUUUGAAAAAGUAUAUGGAAAGCAAAAAGUUUAUUGCGUCGUUCAAGACUCGACCAAGGAUAUAGAAGAAUUAAUGAGAAUCGAUAAGGAAUUACAAGUGCAUGCAAACGAAGUAGAAACUAGGUAUCAAGAUCUUGAGAAAAAGAUAAAAACUCAAGAAACUUUGUUGACAUCAUUAAAGUCAUCUGUCACUCUCGAAGAAGCACGCCGAGAAAAAGUCUUGCUCGAAGAAAGUAUUGAAGUUUUAGCCAACAAGUUAGAUAUACUUCUCGCAUCUACCGGAAGUACGGAUUUAACCGAAACGAAAAGAAAAACGGAAUCUUCCUUAGACGAAUAUUCUCGUGAAUAUCUUAAACGUAAAAGAUUAUGUACAGAAUUAAUAGACUGCAUUCUGGAAAAUUAUCCUGGUACUAAAAGUGAAUUAUACGAUGAAAUAGGUAUAGAUCCAAUGAUUAUUAAGUAAUAAGACUAAUCAAAUAUAAUUAUAUUUUUUGUUAUCAUGGGGGAUAAGGAUACAAAGGCACGACAAUUCAUUGUGUGCUCUUAAAGCGUCAUCUUCCAUUAGCCAAAUAAUUUGACAAUCUGUUGAAGCUUAAAUAAUGGGUCGAAAUGUUUAGACCAGGAUUUUUUAUCGUUGGAUUUCAUAUAAGAUCCUUCCAGGACGCAUUUACCGUUGAGACAAAACUGAAAAGAACAAAUAAUUAAUUAUAAGAAACUAAUUAGUCUAAUGUGUUAUACACUUACAACUCCAUUUCCGCAAGGAGAACCUUCGGCUGCUGGAGCUAUAGCUGUACACGCUCUCAUAGUUCCUGGUACUAGACAAUCUAAUCUAAUGCAGGCAGUAUGAUCGGUCUAAAAAAAUAUCAAUAUUCGAAUGUAUUUAACUAGUUAUGCUCAUAUCUAUAUACAUAUAUUUUUGACAACUUACAUUACACGCUCUUGUUCCUUGUCCGUGCACUUUUUUACAUUGAUAAUCGAGCGACAUUAAUUUGCCAGGUAGAAUUCGUGGUAACGCACGACCUCUGACGGGUUUAUUAUAAAGACAUUUUGCUCUUUCUUCGCUGUAAUAAUAAUACUCUUAGAUAUGUUACGAAUAGGAUAUGAAAUGUAAAAUAGGAAAGCUUACUUAAGGAAUGUAUAAAAUGCUUGUAUAG